AUGGAGUCGAGUCAAGUGAAGAUAGACGCCGUUAGACGCGAAAACGAACGAUUGAAAAUUAAAAUAUCGCAAAUGACGAAAGAUUGCGACUCUCUGAAGAUGCAAAUCCACGAUCAUUCAGCUCGACUCGACCAAAUUCACCAUCAGCCACGAAAAUCCGCGAGCCCUGACGAGCAAGCGGAUGACCUCAAUAUUGCUUUGAGCCUCGGGAGAUUUUCCAGUGAUUCGACGUUCGCCGAGCGGGAAAUUAUAGAUAUCAAUCACGAAAUUAAAGAAAGUGGAAAGGACCGACCAAGCAAUCUCGGAAAACUCGAACUGGGUCUCGACUGCAAGUCUCGCUCACGAGAUAGCUUUCUUGACGAACCGAAGGCGGAAGAAAAUUACGCGUCCGAGUGCAAAAGCCGAAAAGCUUCACAAAGCGGAUGGGAAGAUCACGAGAUCAAUUUGGAAAUGAACCCUUUGAAGAGGCCUAGGGUUUCCAUUAGGGCUAUGUGUGACACCCAAAAUGUAAGUCCUAAUUAG